UCUCUCUCCGUUCCCUCGCCGACGACCCUCUCCUCCAAUGGGUCAACUUUCUCCCUUGUCCGCCCUCGUCCCCCUUCCGUUGGUUGGUCAGGUCCCAUCAUCUCUGCUCCCCGCCCCGCAGAGUCAAUACAUUAUUCAUGGUGUAAAAAGUUUGUUAUGCGUUCGUUAUAAGAUUGCUACACAAAAUCGCUGUACAUCCAAUUCAGUUUAAUCGUGGGUGUAAUUUUCUUGUAUAUCAGUUUUCAAAUCCCGCAGUAAUAGACUCACAGAUCCACUAUUAAUGGAUCCAUUUUGUCGGCUUGUCGGCAGGACGUCAUUUCCAGGCUUUAUACAGAUUACUGUCAAUAGAGCCUCAGCCUCCUCCAAAGCUCGUUUUCUGUUGAUCCAUUUAUCCUGAUGAUGUGCUGGAGGAGGGGGAGGGGAAGGGGGGCUCCGCGUUGGGCGAGAGGGAAGGGAAGUGUUCCUGGAAGGCUUAUUUCGUCUUGCAACUUUAUUCUUUCUCCCUCCAUUGUGCGCCCGCCUCGGCGUGAGUCAGGCCGCCGACAGCGCCUCCUCCCACCCCCGGCGGGCCAUGUGAGGCGGCGAGGCGCUGCAGCGGAGCGACGCGUCACGGCCCGAGGGAACACUGCAGCGGCGAGGCCGGGGCGAAGCGACGCGGCGAGCGGCGGUUACCAUGGCGAUGGCGGCACCCGCGGCCCGCACGUGAGUGGACACAAGGUGCUAGCGGUGACCCGCGGCGAGGCGCCCCGAGGAGAUGUGCGGGGCGGCGCGCCGCUGAGGCGCGGGAGGGGCGUGGCGCCGCCCUGCAGGACGCUGAGAGAGGAGAGAGAGAAAAACUAAGUGUUAGCGGUGUGCUGCCCCGCGGCGGGGCGGCGAGGGCAGGAUGGAGUUUAUCUCUGGGAGGGGCGAGGUCAGGAGUGGGCGCGGCGGCGUGCGGAGUGGCCGCGCCGUGGUGGGCGUGGACGUGGUGAGCCAAACUCUGCCCAGGAACUACCGCGCCCCCUCCCAGCACCCCUGCUGCACGCCGGGACCGCGGGGCCUCAUGUCCUGCGACAUGGGCGGCGACCCCCGCUGCGUGGGGUGCAUAUCCGACUCUUCGCUGGAUGACCAGACGCGCGCCUGCCCCGCCCUGCCGCCCUACCCUGCCGGCCUGUGCCAGCAGGGGGAGUGGGUGGGCGCGGCGGCGGACUGCGCCACGUGUCGCCUCCAGAUGCAGCCUCCCUGUGCCUGCUCCGACCCCUGCUGCCUGGGGGGCCCGCCCUCAUCCCGCGCCCCAUGUCCCUGGGGGCGGCAGGGUCCUCUGCAGGGGCCGGGCUCCCACCUGGGCCUGGCCCCGUGCCCGCCACGCCACCCGCCGGCCGGGAGGGCGUCGUCCGUAUGUGCGCUUCCCAAAUUCCUGAGCGUGGAAGAACGUCUCACCACCGCUCUGGGCACUUCCCUCGACCACCAGGGGCACCUACAGGGCCAUAAAAGCACCCCACACAGCCACAGCUACGCCCACAGCCUCGCCCACACCUCCCACACCUACUCCCACUCCCAAUCCACCACACAAGCCCACGUCCAUGCCAAGUGUGAGGUGACGACGCCAAACACACACGACCAACAACACCAACACCAACACCAGCAGCCUGUCAAGACGAACUCCCAUCACCACCACCAUCACCACAAGGCCCAUGGAGCUCCUCACCCCCACCCCCUCCCGCUUGGACUGCAGGGGGAGGGUGGUGUGGGCUCGAGGCUUAGCAGGAGUGUCGAGAAUCUGCCGCGGGAUAUUCAAGAUCACAUUCUGCGUUGCCAGUGCUCCUGCGAUCAUCUCGGUUACGGGAAUUACUCGACCACCUCGCUGCAGCAGGUUGGGAACGGCUGCUCUUCGAUAAGCAACAAGAGCAGCAGCCGUGAGCACGUCCCCCCGGAGCCGCCCAACCCGAAGCAGCACCACCAGCAGCACUCAGGUGGGUCCGCGGCGCCUCGUUACCUGGUGGGAGCGGGAAAGGGGCGACAGGUAAUUAUUAGGCCGCCCGUCAUAAGCAGGUGAGAUAGAUGAUAGAUAUUCCA